AUGCUGCAACUCGGUAGCAUGCCCCCAGCUCUCGAAGAGCUUCUCGACAAGCACUUGAAGGUGGGGCUCGCUGUGACCAACGAUCUGAGAAAGCUGCACUCUCAGUUCUUUCUCAUCCCGCGAGGGUUGCUCGACGUCGCUACGAUGGCGCGCAGGCUCAGCUACACCCGCCUGGGUCUGCAGUCGCUGGCGCAGGACCUCCUCGGCAAGCACGUAGCCAAGGGCAAGGCGCGCAGCAACUGGGGGAGCGACCAGCUCACCCCCGGACAGCUCUCGUACGCCGCCACCGACGCCUUCGCCACGCUUCUCAUCUACAAACAGCUCGAAGCGAUCGAAGUCGUGGAGUGCCAGGGACACUGGACCAUGGUGCUGGCCGACGAUGAGGCGGCCGUGGAAGCGGAGCUCAACGCCGUCGGCCCGCGCAUCAGGGAGCUCAAGGAGAGCGUGCGGAAGCUCACCCGACGCAACGCCGACUUGGCCGCCCGGCUGGCCGCCGUCGAAGCCGAGGCCCAGCGCACCAAAGCCGCCUACGAGGCCGAGGCCCAGCGCACUCGGGCCGCCUUCCAAGCUGAGGCCCAGCGCACCCGGGCGGCAUUUCAAGCCGAGGUCCAGCGGACACGGGACGCCUUCGAGGACCGUAUCGCAGAAAUCGAGGAACAUCUGUUCUGGUGA